UCUGAUGAACGGCGCAGAGCGCACGAUCUGUUACCUCGUUUGCCAGUGUUGCAGACACAACGUUGAAACGUGGGAAUUCUCAGCUCCAUGGAUAUCCUUGUGGUUUUCAGUCCCUGCCUCGAUCAGAUCUGUUUGUGUGCACAUUUUGAGUCUAAAUGUAAGAGUCGAAAGGUGCAGGACAUGUAAUUUUGAGAACUGAUCAAAACGGGAAAUGUAUUCGACUUCGGCUUUAUCAGAUAUCUGUUUCAUGUGUUUGCGCGCCACAGUAAGGUACACCUUCAUUUUGCUAAGGAAAUUCAACUGCUUAUGCGAGUAGCCUUGUCUGGACCGGAGUCAUUUAUUUGGUGGAUGCGGCGGUCAGGGCCGGUUUGUGAGUGCUGCAGGAGCAGCGAGUGGCGGGGCAUAAUUCCUCAGAUUUUUCGGAGCUGGAAAUCCGCGCGCCGCGUUGGGAUUAUAUCUCCAGAGAUGCUUCUUUUCCCCAUGUUUUGGUUUUUAUCGCAGGCGUGUGCAGCACCUUCUCUAACAGCCGAACAAAUGGAUAUGGGGGUGGAUUGGCUGAGUAAGUUUGGGUACCUGCCACCCCCUGACCCUGUGACAGGACAGCUGCAGACCAAGGAGGCUCUGACCAAAGCCAUCAAAGCCAUGCAGAAGUUUGGAGGACUGGAGGAAACCGGGGUGUUGGACCCAGCCACCCUUGGGCUAAUGAAGACCCCUCGCUGCUCCCUGCCCGACCUGUCAGAGUCCGAGGUGACAGCAGGCCGCAGGAGGCGUGGCCUGGCCCCCCAGAACAAGUGGAACAAGAGACACCUGUCCUGGAGAGUGAGGACAUUCCCCAAGGAGUCGGCUCUGCUGGGCAGGGACACGGUGCGGGCCCUCAUGUACUACGCCCUCAAGGUCUGGAGCGACAUCGCCCCCCUCAACUUCCACGAGGUGGCGGGCAGCGACGCCGACAUCCAGAUCGACUUCACCAAGGCCGACCACAACGACGGCUACCCGUUCGACGGUCCGGGCGGCACGGUGGCCCACGCCUUCUUCCCCGGGGAGCGCUUCACGGCCGGGGACACACACUUCGACGACGAAGAGGCCUGGACUUUCAGAUCGCCAGACUCCCAUGGGAUGGACCUGUUUGCGGUGGCGGUCCACGAGUUCGGUCACGCCAUCGGCCUGGCUCACACCUCGGCCAUGGAAUCCAUCAUGAGGCCGUACUACCAGGGUCCUGUGGGCGACCCUCUCAAGUACGACCUCCCCUACGAGGACAAAGUCCGGGUCUGGCAACUCUACGGUGUUAGAGAUUCAGUAUCCCACACUGCUCGGCCUGGUGAUCCCUCCCAGACCGCGGAACCACCGGUUCUACUGGACCUUCCGGAGAACAGAUCUACCGUCCCGCCAGGGAGGGACGUGCCGGACAGGUGCAGCAGCCACUUUGAUGCGGUGGCCCAGAUUCGAGGGGAGGCCUUCUUAUUCAAAGGGAAGUACUUCUGGCGUCUGACUAGGGAGAAGCACCUGGUGUCUCUUCGCCCCGCCCACAUCCAUCGCUUCUGGAGAGGCCUGCCCGCCAACCUGGACGGCGUCGAUGCCGUCUACGAGAGACCCGGCGACCACAAGAUAGUCUUCUUCAAAGGUCUCAAGUACUGGGUGUUCAAGGACAACAACGUGGAGGAGGGUUACCCUCGGCCAAUCAGCGACUUCGGCCUGCCGUUGGAGGGCGUGGACGCAGCGUUCGUGUGGCUUCACAACGACAAAACCUACUUCUUCAAAGACAGCCGCUACUGGCGCUAUGACGACCAUUUGCGGCGAAUGGACCUGGGCUACCCUAAAGACAGCCUCCUGUGGAAGGGAGUCCCUCCCAACUUGGACGAUGCCAUGCGGUGGUCUGACGGCUCGUCCUACUUCUUCAAGGGGAAGGAGUACUGGCGCGUGGUGGGCAGUGACAUGGAGGUGGAGGCCGGGUACCCGCGGCCCAUAGGGAAGGACUGGCUGGUGUGCACCGACAUGCAGUCGGACUCCCCCGCGGGCGAGACCAACGCCACGGACACGAGGCUCCACAGCCGGCACCCCGCCGACCACGCCGAGAACGGCUUCGAGGUCUGCUCCUGCACCUCCGACUCGGCCUCGCCCCUGGGCGCGCGGCCCUCUCUCUCCUCCGCCACCUGCCUGUGGUGGGCGGCGACACUCUGCCUCGCCCUCUCCUCGGCCCCUCUAUGAUGGAAGCAGUGGGGGGAGGGGCUUCCCGUCGCGGCGGGAAGUGAGGCAGCUGGUGGGCUCAGGGCAAGCGAUUGGCCUAUCACAAGACUGUUGGUCCAGUCCAGAACCUUGUUUGUUACUCUUUGAAUAUCUCUGUUGGUAUUCCUGUUCUUUUCUGCUGUUAUUUAUUAUACCGAUUCCUUUCAAACCAUUAUUUUGUCGUUAAAUGUUAAAGGUCACUUUGGAUUGGAUUGAAUUGGAAACACAGCGAUGUAUGAUCAUUCUGGAAAAUCUCAAUUGAAUGAAUGAAGUUUACAACAAAAGAGCUUUCUCCCAAGUGUGACUCAGCAGUUUGUCGGCUAAAUGGCUGAGAUGCUGUUUGCCCGGACGCUUCGCUCCUGCAAUCACAACAAGUGCUUUAAGCAUCCUCACACACAGACCCCACUGGACUGGUGCCGAGCGCUCUUCACUCUACCGGUAAUGUCUGGUUCAUCACUCCACCGGUAAUGUCUGGUUCAUCCCGGUGAAUAGGCGCUCGGCUCCAGUAGGCACUGGCUCAUUCACUGGGUCUCCAGCAUCAGGGCUAUCUGGAUCAAUGCCUCCUCUUAAGACCCAGUCCUCCCUCGACUGCACUCACUUGCCCUUUUGUGACCUUUGCACCUGUCUCUCUCUCUCUCUCUUGUCUCCUUAUCAGACAGAGCAGCCAAGUAAAGCACCUGGUUACCAAGGUAACGCUUUACCAUGUAUUUUUGUAGUGAACACGGACGGAUUGUGGCUGAGAGAUGCGCAUAAGGUGGUUGUCACGAUGCCUUGGUCUCCACAUGGACCUUCCGCUCGCUCCUCGCAGCCUUCAGUAGAAGAACGCUCUUCUGUCUGGACUGGUCUCCUCCAACAUCGACUUUCUGCCAGGAGAAAGAACGUUCCGGAAGGCUGGACCAGAGACGCCGCGGCCAGACCCUUCCUCCACCGACCUCCUGAGGAGAGCAGUCACAACUGGAUUUACUAGAACUGUUAAGAUAUAUUUACAUCGGUCUAUAUAUAUAUGUAUACAGAUAUAUUUGAAAUGAAAGUUCUAUGGCAGUUGCAAAAAAAAAAACAUUACUGUGUACAUUUCAAACCGUGUUUUCUAAGGUGAAGUAUUUUUAUAGAAAAAUAA